GUUUUGUUUGCUAUUAAUUACAGUAAUUGAUGAUAGGUUUUGCAGGGUUGACUUGUAAAAAGUAAAAUUGCAGGUUCUGUUUGAAAGAAAGCAUACUCAUGUCAACUUUGCAGGAUGGGUGCAUUACUCCUAAGGUUCAGGGAAAGUACUGUGCUAUGUUUCUAUGCUGGCUUCUUGGAACUGGAGCGCUCUUUUCAUGGAACAGUAUGCUCACUAUCGACGAUUAUUACACCUUCCUUUUUCCGAGAUACCAUCCUUCGAGGGUCCUCUCUCUCGUGUAUCAACCUUUUGCAGUUGGAACAGUUGCAGUACUUGCUUACUAUGAGGCCAAAAUCAAUACGAGAAAACGGAAUCUAUUUGGUUAUGUCAUAUUUUUUAUAGGUUCUGUCAUGGUUUUAGUUUUGGACUUAGCAACAUCAGGAAAAGGAGGGUUAGGGGCUUUCAUUGGAAUUUGUGCUAUUAGUGGUAUGUUUGGAUUUGCAGAUGCUUUUGUGCAGGGUGGGAUGAUCGGAGACCUCUCCUUCAUGGAAUCUGAAUUUAUUCAGUCUUUUCUAGCUGGUAUGUCAGCAUCGGGGACUUUAACCUCCGCGCUUAGGUUUAUUACCAAAGCAGCAUUCGAGAAUUCUAGGGAUGGUCUACGCAAAGGAGCUAUUUUAUUCUUUGCGAUAUCUGCAUCAUUCGAGCUAGUGUGUGUGUUUCUCUAUGCACAUACCUUUCCAAAACUACCCACUGUGAAAUACUACCGCUCAAAGGCAGCUUUAGAAGGAUCAAAGACUGUUUUAGAUGAUCUUGCUGCUGCUGGCAUCCAAGCAUUACUCCAAGAAGAAUCUGAAGAUCCAAAACAGCAUGAGAGACAGAGCAACAAAGAAUUAUUGUUACAAAAUAUAGACUAUGCAAUGGAUUUGUUUCUAACAUACGUGCUUACAUUGUCUAUUUUCCCUGGAUUCUUAUCAGAAGAUACAGGAUCACAUAGUUUAGGCGAAUGGUAUAGCCUAAUUCUGAUAGCAAUGUUCAAUGUAUGGGAUCUUGUUGGGAGAUAUGUUCCACUCUUGCAAUCCUUGAAGCUAGAGUCACGGACAGGUCUUACUAUUGCUGCGGUUUCUCGAUUUUCACUGAUUCCAGCUUUCUAUUUUACUGCAAAAUAUGGAGACCAAGGGUGGAUGAUAAUGCUCACAUCCUUCUUAGGGUUAACCAAUGGUUAUCUCACCGUCUGCAUCCUUACUUCUGCACCGAAAGGUUACAAGGGACCGGAGCAAAACGCGUUGGGGAAUUUGCUGGUUAUGUUUCUGCUAGGUGGUAUAUUUGCUGGGGUUUCACUUGACUGGUUGUGGCUGAUAGGCAAAGGAUGGUGAGAUUUAGUGUCAUUCACAUUAAGGAACCACCAGAUAGGAAGUUGUAGAUGAAUCUGGUCAUUAAGAACAUCAGAUGCUGUGCAACAAUGGCAGUUUCUGCAAGCAGUGUUUCAGUUCAGAGUUGAUCAUAUUUGUUGGCAAGCAUACAUGUUUUGUGGCAAGACUCAAGAGUGCUGCAUAAUCUUUUUCUACCAAGUCACAACAGCCAACAGCCUUCCAACCUUUGGAGUUAUGGACAGCAGCAAUAUUCACUUGGGCCAUUAAACUAUAAGACUUAAUUGGGUUUGGUAUUUGUGUUUAAAAAAGAUCAUUCAAAAAUAUUAUAAUUUGUAUUUACAUCUUUUAGUUUCAGGAUCAAAUUAUGUGGUCAUUAAGUUUAA